AUGGCCACCCACCUCGCCGCCGUCUCCCCAGCCAAAGGCCAACCCUUUGAGAUCCGAACCCGCUCUACCCCAAAGCCAGGACCAGACGAGCUCCUCAUCGCGGUCAAAUCCGUAGCCCUCAACCCGGCAGACACCAUCAUGCGUGACCAAGGUCUCUUCAUACCAGCCUACCCCACGGUCAUUGGCUUCGACGUGUCGGGGUUGGUCCUCGAGGUCGGCGACAACGUCCCGGCGUCCUUCCGACCGGGCAUCACCCGCGUCGCUGCAUACGCCGCUUUAGUCUGGAAAUCCUGCGAUCCAGACUACGGCCCAUUCCAGGAGCGGUGUCUCGUCCCAUGGCAGCAUGCGGUGCCCCUUCCGGGUGAGGACAUGUCUUGGAACCACGCGGCAACUUUGCCCGUCGCCGUGCAGGUGCCCCUUAGCGCGUGGGAUGCCAUGGGCAUCCCCCGGAUGGGUGAAGCCCCUGCUAGGAUUAAUACAGAAAAAAAAGAAGCACUCCUAAUCUGGGGUGCCUCCUCAAGUGUCGGCACUAUGGGUGUCCAAACAGCCCGAUUAUUGCGGGAAGAUCGCAACUCCUCUUUCGCAGCUGUGUACGCCACGGCCGGAUCGGCGAAUAAGAGUUAUGUAGGUUCGCUGGGCGCGGAUCGUGUGUUCGACUACAAAGACUCACGAGUUGUGGAUGCGAUCGUCUCGGCGGCUAAGGAGGACGGAUUAGUGAUCCGACAUUGUUUUCUUGCUAUCGGGCAGCUGGCGGCAUGUCAGGCUGUGCUUAAGACAUUCCUCAGAGAAGAUCAAGGGGAGAACACGAAGAUAGCGAAAAUUGCGUCGGCACCCGUCGUGCCACCAGAUGCGGAGGUCGUGGAGGGAGUGGAGACGAUAUUUGUGAUGCCAUCGAUGGUGGAAGGGGAGAGACUGGAGCAGUUUCGAUACUGGAUUGGCACGUGGCUGAGGGAGAACCUGGCGAAGGGGGGCAUCAGGCCGAGUCCGCAGCCAAACGUCGUGGGCAAGGGUUUGGCGGCUCUUAAUUCUGGGUUGGACAGACUGCGCCAGGGGGUGAGCUGUACAAAGUUGGUUGUUGAGGUUGCGGAGUGA